CCAUGGAAUAUUCGGAAUGUCCCAUUCUAUGAAGGAAGUUUGCCGGCUGCAACAGGAAUAUUCAUGAACAUGGAGGGGUUGGUCAUGUUCCAGGGUCUGUCUAUAGACUUCUCUCAGGGGGAAUGGGAGUGCCUGGACGCUGCUCAGAAGGAUUUAUACAGAGAUGUCAUGAUGGAGAACUACAGCAGCCUGGUCUCACUAGGUCUCUCUACACCAAAGCCUGAUGUGAUUUCCUUACUGGAGCAAGGGAAAGAGCCCUGGAUGGUUUCAAGAGACGUGCUGGGAGGAUGGUGCCCAGACUCGGAGUUUAGAUGUAAGACCAAAGAUUCAUGUUUGCCAAAAGAAAUCUAUGAAGUAACAUCAUCUCAGUGGGUGAGAAUGGAAAAAUGUCAUAGCCUUGUGGGCUCCAGUGUCAGAGAUGACUGGGAAUGCAAAGGCCAGUUUCAGCACCAAGAUAUAAAUCAGGAACGAUAUUUGGAAAAAGUAAUAAUGACUUAUGAAAAAACACCAACUUUCUGCCUACAGACAUCUCUCACUCUGCAUCAUUGGAUUCAUCCUGGAGAGAAACUGUAUAAAUCCACAGAAUGUAUGGCUUUUAAUUAUGGCUCAGAACUUACACAACAGCAAGAAACCCAUACUGGUGAAAAACUCUGUAAAUGUAAGGAGUGUGGGAAGGCCUUUCGUCAUUUUUCCUAUCUUGUUAAACAUCAGAGAAUUCAUACUGGGGAAAAGCCCUGUGCAUGUAAAGAAUAUGGAAAAGCCUUUAUUUGUGGCUCACAUCUUUUUCAACACCAGAAAAUGUAUACCGAUGAGAGACCUCAUGCAUGUCAGGAAUCCGUGAAGGCCUUUAGACCGUCUGCACACCUUACUCAACAUCAGAGAAUUCAUACUGGUGACAAACCUUAUGAAUGUAAAGAAUGUGGGAAAUCUUUUACUUCUGGCUCAACACUAAAUCAACAUCAGCAAAUUCACACUGGUGAGAAACCCUAUCAUUGUAAGCAAUAUGGAAAAUCUUUUACUGUUGGCUCAACGCUAAUUCGACACCAGCAAAUUCACACUGGUGAGAAACCGUAUGAUUGUAAGGAAUGUGGAAAAUCUUUUGCUUCAGGCUCAGCACUAAUUCGACAUCAGCAAAUUCACACUGGUGAGAAACACUAUGACUGUAAGGAAUGUGGAAAAUCUUUUACUUUUUGCUCAGGGUUAAUUGGACACCAGGCAAUUCACACUGUUGAGAAACCUUAUGAUUGUAAAGAAUGUGGAAAAUCUUUUACUGCUGGCUCAACGCUAAUUCAAUAUCAGCGAAUUCACGCUGGUGAGAAACCCUAUCAUUGUAAGGAAUGUGGAAAAUCUUUUGCUUUUUGCUCAGCAAUAAUUCAACAUCGGCGAAUUCACACUGGUGAGAAACCCUAUGAUUGUAAGGAAUGUGGCAAGGCCUUUAGACGUCGUUCAAAACUUACUCAACAUCAACGAAUCCAUACUGGUGAGAAACCUUAUCGAUGUCGUGAAUGUGGAAAAGCCUUUGUCUGUUUCUCAGGACUCACCAAACAUCACAGUAUUCACACUGGCGAGAAACCCUAUGAAUGUAAGACAUGUGGGAAGUCCUUCAGACAGCGUACACACCUUACUCUACAUCAGAGAAUUCAUACCGGUGACAGACCUAAAGAAUGUAAAGAAUGUGGGAAAUCUUUUGCUUGCGGCUCAGAACUAAUUCGACAUCAGCGAACUCACACUGGUGAGAAACCUUACAAUUGUAAGGAAUGUGGGAAGGCCUUUAGAUGUCUUUCACAACUUAGUCAACAUAAACAAAUCCAUAAUGGUGAGAAAACUUAUCAAUGUCCGGAAUGUGGGAAAGCCUUUUUCUGCCUCAGCCGACAUCAGAGUGUUCACACUGCCAAGAAACCCUAUGAAUGUAAGACACGUGGGAAGGCCUUUAGACAGCUUGCACAGCUUACUCGACAUCGGAGAAUUCAUGACCUAACAUAA